UAAAGUAACUGUUGCAAUUCCAAGGAAUUCACAGAAAGUUGUUCAUAAAACUGCAAACAAUUGCAUUUUUUAGAAAGAAAUUAAACACGCUUUUCCUGACGUAAGUUAAACAUCCAUAUUAUUGUUGACAGUUUACUAAACACCGGAGUGUGAAUGUAAAGUGCAGUGUGAGGGUCAGACUGUGCAUAGACUGUUAGCUGUGUCAUCGUACGAGGUGCAACGACGUACGACGUACGCUAACGUUAACUGUAUCAACCAACGUUAGUAGUAAACGCUGUACAAAUGACAUGGACAAAAGUCUGUCUUGGACCACCCGUGUUAGUAAACGACAAUAUACGGAGUUACAUGGUGGUGGUGACCCUGGUGCUGUCGACGACGUACCUCCACUGCGUGCCUCUCAACGCGAAAGAGAAUCUGGAUGUGAACCUGCUCGACACGCUGGACAAGAAGAAACCCAACUCCUUGCGUAUGCUGUUUGCAAAGAUCCCUCAAGACCUCCCUUCCGAAGACAACCGCAUCCGGGAGCUGGUAGCCGACCUACCCAACUCGCCCGAGUACACCCUCGGAUCCACCAAUCAGAUCGGCAAGAUACUCUACUCGAAGAAGCACAAAGCCGAGGAAGAGUUCAACGACCGGGCGACGCUUCAUCUGCCACUGUUCCGGCAGCCGUACAGUGAUUACAAGAUCCUGGUCGUCAGCGCUCCCCCUGACAUAAGGAUGAUGUCGAAGAACGGCUCUGAUCCGAUGGUGUUGUAUGUGGUGUUCCCUGAGGACAGUGACAACUACACCAUGGAGCUCUCCCAGAUGCCAACGAUCUACUUCGUCAGCUCUCGACCGCGCAGUUCCAAAGUAAGUUCCGAGCCCAUAAUCAUUGUUGAUAACAAUAGGACGGUGACAGGUAUCAAAAGCACUGAGGUCGCGAGGUUCGUCAGAUUCAGAAGAAGCAAGUUGCCACGGACCUUUCGCGAGUUACUUUAUUGAUUGCUUUGUGAUAAUGUCUUAAUUCGAUUAAAUAUUAUUUUGUUACAUAA